AUGCCCUCAACUCCGUCAGCGAGCUCGUUGCCCAUCGCAGAGCGCCUCACGCAGAGGCAAAUUGACGUCUUGGUCACGCUCGAGCGUAUAGGAGGGUCCGUCAGCCUCAUUGCCGUCUUGUUAAUCUUCGUCGCCUACGCAUUCAUUCGCCGUGUGCGCAACGUUCAGAAUACAUUUAUCGUUUUUGCGAGCGUCUCCAACAUCGGCGCCAGUGUUGCCAGCAUCAUCGCUCUCGACGGGUUACAGGCGGGUAAAGAGACGGCUCUUUGCCAAGCGCAAAGCUUCAUGUUUCAAAUGUUCAUGCAGUCAGACCCCUGGUGGUCGCUCGCCAUGGCAAUCAAUGUUUUCCUCGUCUUCUACUACCGCGCAAGCCCCGACUCGUUCCGUCGCUGGUGGUGGGUGUACUGCCUGAUCUGCUACGGCGGCCCCUUCGUCAUUGCCCUCAGCUUGCUCCUAGUCAAGAACAGCAAGCGCGGUCCAGUUUACGGUGAGGCUACGAUAUGGUGCUGGAUCGACCCUAAGUGGGAUGGCAUCCGCAUCUACACGUACUACAUGCUCAUCUGGAUCUGCAUCAUCGGCUCCAUUCUCUGCUAUUUCUUGGUCGGAUACCAUGUCUUCCGCUCUCGAAACCAGCUGCGCAGCUUCCCUGCCUCCAAAAGCCGUGAGGCUACCCACUGCGAGCAGGUAACCGCACCCCCUCCCGCCCAUCAUCUCCCGCCCUUUUACCUUCGCUGGGAGUUGACCACUAGUUUCACCUCACUACAGGCCACGGUAGAUCCCCCGACCGGCGAUGGCUUCUACGGCACCGUCGUUACCGAGGUUCAUGUUGUCCGCUCCAGUGCCAUAAACACCCUCUCGGAGCCCAAGCGUGCUCAUACCGUCGGCUUUGAUAACGACUCGUCCCCGUCGCUUCCACGGCCGCCUACGAGCACCCCUGCCAUGUACUACUCAACGGUUACGGCUUCGGCACCUCGCCGCCGCAGUUUCCUCUCAUCCAUGAAACGCAUCGUCCCGGUCGUUCACCUCGCCGCUUCCAAGUUUGUCAUCGAUGAUCCAAUCAAGCGUGCCUACCUUCGCACGAGCUUUCUAUUUGCACUCAGCGUCCUCGUCACCUGGAUCCCCAGCAGCCUCAAUCGCAUCCAUAGUUGGCUCGACGGCACAUCUCCCUACGAGUUCCACGUCGCCACUGCUGCCGUGCUGCCCUUGCAGGGGCUUUGGAACUUCCUCAUCUUCUUCAUCACAAGCUGGAGCGUCGUCAAGCAGCGUAUGCGCGGUAGAUCCAACACCGAUGUCUCGGGACAAGAUGGUCACGUCAGUGCCGACAGGACCAUCGACCGCGACCGAGGGACCAACAACCAUCUGCGCCACCCCAGCUCCGAGACGGAAUUUGGUGAGGCGGAUUCUGGAACCUUGGGUAGCGAUGUCGAGUUGCAGCGUGUGGCAGAUCGAUCCACCAAGAUGUUAGGAUUCACGUCGCCUUAA